UUCGUUCGUAGAGUCAGUUGCUGAUCUAUUCCCCCCAUUAUCAUCUUCAGCACAUUGCAAAGCAAAAAGAAAGACAUUUGCAAAAUGAGUUUUCCAGAAGAUUCCGCAAGCUGUGAGGAGGGGUUAAUUCGAAAGCCAUUACUGCCACCAAAAGGGAAAGACAUGGCGCGGACGAGUUUUAGAGAUGAUUCAGCUAGCUCUGAGGAAGGGCUUAUUAGGAAGCCAUUGUUGCAUACUGGGAGUUGGUAUCGAAUGGGGUCAAGGCAAUCCAGCAAUAGCAUGAUGGAAUCAUCGCCCCAAAUACUUCGUGAAUCAAUCUCCAUUUAUCUCUGUGUCCUCAUUGUUGCCUUAGGCUCCAUCCAAUUUGGCUUCACAUUGGGGUACACUAAUCCUACGCAGUCUGACAUCAUGGACGACCUCGUACUUUCAAUUUCAGAGUUUUCAAUCUUUGGAUCUUUAGCGAAUGUGGGUGCAAUGGUUGGUGCAAUUGCAAGUGGUCAGAUAUCUGAAUACGUUGGCCGAAAAGGGAUGCUAAUGAUUGCAUCAAUUCCUAAUAUUAGUGGAUGGCUUGCUAUUUCAUUUGCCAGAGACACUUCAUUUUUAUACAUGGGAAGAUUAAUGGAAGGAUUUGGUGUGGGCAUUAUUUCCUAUGUGGUACCUGUAUAUAUAGCGGAGAUUUCACCUCAAAACAUGAGAGGAGUCCUUGGAUCCAUUAAUAAUCUCUGUUUAACAGUUGGGACAAUGUUGGCAUAUCUAUUGGGUCUCUUUACACCUUGGAGAGUGCUUGCAAUUUUAGGAAUGUUGCCAUGCACAAUAUUGAUACCUGGUCUGUUUUUUAUACCAGAAUCUCCUCGUUGGUUGGCUAAAAUGGGGAAUUUUGAGGAUUUCGAAACUUCUUUGCAAGUUCUAAGGGGAUUUGACACUGACAUAUCCUUAGAAGUGAAUGAGAUUAAGAGAUCUGUGGGAUCAUCAAGUAAGAAAGCUACAAUUAGGUUUUCUGAGCUUAAGAGAAAGCGAUAUUACUAUCCUUUGCUGAUAGGUAUAGGAUUACUCACUCUCCAGCAACUCAGUGGCAUUAAUGGUGUCUUAUUCUAUUCCAGUAACAUCUUCAAAUCUGCUGGAGUUUCAUCGAGUAAAGCUGCAACAUUUGGACUCGGGGCUAUUCAGGUCAUUGUUACUGCUAUAGCUGCAUCACUUGUGGACAGGGCGGGUCGCAGGGUACUUCUUAUUAUGUCCUCUUCGUUAAUGACAGUUAGUAGCUUCCUUGUUGCAAUAGCAUUCUACCUAAAGGAUCUUACGCCUGAAUCUUGGCAUCCUGCCUUAGGAAUAUUAUCUCUGGUUGGACUUGUGGUUUUGGUGAUGGCAUUUGGCCUGGGAUUAGGGUCCAUUCCAUGGAUCAUAAUGUCUGAGAUACUACCAGUGAACAUUAAAAGUCUAGGAGGCAGUGUUGCUACACUGGCCAAUUGGCUAACAUCAUGGAUUGUUACAAUGACAGCAAACUUGCUUUUGACUUGGAGCAAAGGAGGAACAUUCAUCGUCUAUGCAGUGAUGUCGGCUUCUACAAUUGUUUUUGUUAGACUUUGGGUUCCUGAAACCAAAGGAAGAACUCUUGAAGAGAUUCAGCGUUCCUUCAGAUGAUGCAAACCAACUAUGCAAUUAAAGAGUACCCCAAGGGGUUGAUUUCAUGUAUGAUUACGAUAAUAGUAAAUUCACGAAACUGUUUUUUGUGAACUUGUUAUUGUAAUAGUGGCCAAGUGGAGUGACAAUAAAAUAGUUUCGUGACAUUACCACUGAAAAGUUAUUGAUACUACUUCAAAUACU